AUGAAUCGCCAUGAAGGAGUCAGCUGUGAUUCUUGUUUGAAAAAUAACUUCAGAGGACGACGAUACAAAUGUUUGAUUUGCAUCGAUUAUGACUUGUGCGCAGCCUGCUAUGAGUCCGGCGCUACCACAAACCAACACACUACAGAGCAUCCAAUGCAAUGCAUUCUAUCUAGAAGUGACUUUGAUCUGUACUAUGGUGGCGAGGCAUUAACCUUGGAACAACCGCAAGCAUACACAUGUCCAUUCUGCAAUAGGAUGGGCUUCACUGACACAGCGCUCAUGGAGCAUGUUACCGCAGAACAUGCGGAUACGACAUUGGCUGUGGUGUGUCCAGUAUGUGCUUCAAUGCCUGGUGGGGAACCAAAUUUUGUGACCGAUGACUUUGCAGGACAUCUUACCUUGGAACAUAGGACUGGUCCUAGAGAUCUCAUUUCGUUUCUAGAUGAACCAAGCGGUAUCAGGCACGGAGGAGUGCGACGUAUGCCGCACUCCGGCCGCGGAGUGACUCGCGGGCGACGUACUAAUAUGCAAUUUAGCACGGGCGGCGGCAUUUCGUCGCUGUCGCCUUCGUCGCGCGACGCCGUCGUGGACCCCAUCGCCGAGCUGCUCUCGCAACUGUCGGGAGUGCGGCGCGGCGCCGGCCAGCCCGGCACGCCCAGCCAACUGCAACAGCUACAGAUGCAGCUGCAACUGGAGCGGCAGCAGGCCACGUUUAAUCAUCGACAGGCGGCUCGACAACAGUUGGAGCGACUGCCUCGGCGCGCAGGCGGAGCGACCGGCGGAGCCAGCGGCAGCGCGCCCCCGCCCGCGCCGCAGCCUGCCGUAGCGCAGCCCCAACCACAACCCGAACCUAGCGAUUCGCAGUUUCUCCUUUCUGGCUUCCUCGGUGCCAGCGACAGUCAGGCGGGGCCCGAAGCGGAGAGCCGCGCGGCGCUGCUUCGAGGACUGGUGCUCGCGUCGCUGGGGCGUGCGGCGCCGGCGUGGCGGCCGCCCCCGCCAGCCGCGCCGCCCUCGCCGCCGGCGCAACGUGAGCCCGCGCCGCCCGCGCUGGCGGUGGCGGCGCGCGUGAAGCCGACGCCGCGCAGCAAGGUAGCGUGCCGGGGCGAGGCGGAGGCGGAGCGCGUGUGA